AUGCAUCCAACAUAUUUUCUUUUCCUACUUCUCGUCAUAUUCGCAACUAAUGGCGGUAGGGGAGUGACUGCUCAUCCAGUGGUUGAGGAAAGCAAGAAAGCGGUUGAUUAUGUUGGUUCAACAACAGAGGAUUACGGAGUGUCCGAUCCCAGUCCCGAAUGGCCCCCGCAGCCUGACAAUAUAUGGCCACCUCGACCUCCUUAUGGAUGGCAACCUCCAUAUUGGUCUUAUCCUUGGCAAUGGUUUGCUCAACGUCCUUGGGAUCGGUAUUCCAGGCAUCAUUGA